AGGAGAAACUCGCCGGCCGCGUCGUUUCGACUCAGGUUUCGACUUCACCGCCGCAACAUUUCUGACGCUGGAAGCAGGAACCCAUCCAGUCCCUCACAGCAUUGCAAGAUGUGGCUCCCGUCAUCCAAAACCCCAGCCCUAGCAGCGCUGCUAGCGUCACUGCUCCUUCUCACACUCACACCUCCAACCUCCGCCUCCCCCUCCAUCACAAAGAUCAGACGCCUGGAGGCGAAACUCAGCAGCAAUGGCGCCAUCAGGCUCGACGGCUCCGACUACUUCGCAAUCACCGAGGCGCCAAGGAACUACUCGUUGUUUGUGUGCUUAACCGCUUUGGCGCCGGAGAUGGGAUGUGCGCCGUGCAGGGAAUUCGAAAAGGAGUUCGACCUAGUGGCAUCGUCAUGGCAGCGGGCGAAGGUUCCGCGCACGCUGUACUUUGGACAACUGGACUUUGCGGCUGGUCGGGAAGUCUUCCAAAAGCUUCAAGUGCAAUCUGUGCCCAUGAUCCUGCAUUUCCCACCGACAGAGGGCCCGCUCGCGACUGGUGGAAGCGAGCCUGAGCCUUAUGACUUGAACAAAUGGGGCCUACAAGCAGACCCGCUGGCGAAGUAUGCUUCUAAUGUGGUGAAGCAUGAGUUCCCCAUCAGGCGACCCGUGAACUACACACUAUACGGCAUCGUUGGAAUAGCGAUCUUGCUUGCUUUGACGCUGAUCAAAGUCUUGUGGCCCGUCAUCACGGCGAUUGUGCAGAAUCGCAAGAUUUGGUCUACCCUGUUGAUUGCAUGGGUCGUGACGAUGUGCUCAGGGCAUAUGUGGAACUCCAUCCGUGGGCCGCCAUACACCGGAAUGCGCGAUAACCGUCCCGAAGUCAUCGCACCUGGGUUCCAGAACCAGUUUGUGCUUGAGACGCAGCUUGUUGCCGUGCUCUACGCGGCCUGUUCGAUCGCUUUUGUAGCCCUCGUGACAAAGGUCCCCGCCAUGUCGCAGCCCUUCUCCCAGCGGACAGCGGCGUACGCAUUCGCGGGGGUGUUUGUGGUUAUUUAUUCCAUCAUGCUGAAGCUGUUCCGGCUGAAGAACGGAGGGUACCCUUAUAAACUGCUGUUCUGAUGAGACACGGGCGAUACCGGGUACUCAUGAACAAAGCGCGGCUUGGAUGUACAUACACCUGAAUACAAUGAGUACAUACAGACUGCGACCGAAGGAUAUAUACAGCCGAUUGAAGCCGGGCGACGUCCCACACCAAAAACGCUGCAUCUCGAAAUGAACUCGAGCAAAACUGAAAAUGAAGGACGACCAGUAGAAUAUGCCUUUAUGCACGCUUGCGUCGCCGAUGAUCCCGAUGUGCCUCUCCACACAGCUGCAUACACAUCCUGAACAUCGAAAUUCCCUCGUGUGCCCUCAGCUGGGUAAGAUUUACGGCGUCACAGUUUAGCGAACUAUGUACAUAUUCGGACUCGCCGUAAGCUGGGCCACCCGAUGGUCACACAUGUGAGGCCAGCUCCCAUCUAUGAUAGAUGGGUGCUGCUUCCUUUUGCG